UACGAGAAAGGGGAAACAUGUAUUCCUUGACUGAUUUUUGUUUGGUCAUUUAUGUAUGUAAAAAGACAGCUCACUUGGGUGGUUUAUGACUCAUUGAUGGGAGUAAUAAUCGGAUAAAAUAUUCAAAUCUGGCAACCCUUGGUUGUAUCCAGUCAUUUGCAAGCAUGGCGGACGCGUUUGGAGACGAUUUGUUCAGCGUGUUUGAUGAUGAACAAACUUCUUCGAGUAGUAAAAAGUCUACUCAGUCAGCACCGCUAACGGGGAAAGCAGGUGAGAAUCUUGGGACCAGGGACAAGGAUGCGUCUUCCCCACAGAUGAAAAGAGAAGCAGACACAGAUGGAACGGAAGAAACGUUGUUUGGGAAGAAGCCGAAGUUGGAUACAGUCUCCGCCGAGGAGAUCAACUUGGCGGACCUGAUGCCCAAGGUGAAGGUCCAACCCGUUGAGACUGUGGAGGGAUGCAACCACGAGGUGGCUCUACCUGACAAUGAGGAGUACACCCCUCUGAAACCUCGUGUGGGAAAAGCUGCCAAGGAGUACCCCUUCAUCCUGGACCCGUUCCAGCGCGAGGCUCUCCUCUGCAUCGACAACAACCAGUCUGUCCUGGUCUCCGCCCACACCUCUGCAGGGAAGACCGUGUGUGCAGAGUACGCCAUCGCCCUGGCACUCAGGGAGAAGCAGAGGGUCAUCUUCACCAGCCCCAUCAAGGCCCUGAGUAACCAGAAGUACCGGGAGAUGUACGAAGAGUUCCAAGACGUGGGCUUGAUGACCGGCGACGUCACCAUCAACCCCACCGCUUCCUGCCUCGUCAUGACAACGGAGAUCCUGAGGAGCAUGUUGUACCGAGGGUCCGAGGUCAUGAGAGAAGUCGCCUGGGUCAUCUUUGAUGAGAUCCACUACAUGAGAGACGCAGAGCGUGGAGUUGUGUGGGAGGAGACGAUCAUCCUGCUUCCUGACAAUGUCCACUAUGUCUUCCUGUCCGCCACGAUCCCCAACGCCAAGCAGUUUGCUGAGUGGAUCUGCCACCUCCACAAACAGCCCUGUCAUGUGGUGUACACAGACUACAGGCCCACACCCCUGCAACACUACAUCUUCCCUGCAGGGGGCGAUGGACUCCAUCUGGUGGUUGACGAGAACGGGGAGUUCCGCGAGGACAACUUCAACACGGCCAUGCAGGUGCUGCGGGACGCCGGGGACUCUGGGGCGAGCAGCGCGGGGGGCAAGUGGGAUGCCAAGGGGCGCAGAGGAGGAACCAGAGGACCCUCCAAUGUGUUCAAGAUAGUGAAGAUGAUCAUGGAGAGGAACUUCCAGCCGGUAAUCAUCUUCAGCUUCAGCAAGAAGGAGUGUGAGGCCUACGCACUGCAAGUGUCCAAGCUGGACUUCAACACAGAGGAUGAGAAGAAGCUGGUGGAGGAGGUGUUCAACAACGCUGUGGACUGUCUGUCUGAUGAAGACAAGAAGCUACCUCAGGUGGAGCAUGUCCUGCCACUGCUGAAGAGAGGGAUUGGGAUCCAUCAUGGAGGUCUGCUGCCCAUCCUGAAGGAGACCAUUGAGAUCCUGUUCUCUGAAGGCCUGAUCAAGGCCCUGUUCGCCACGGAGACCUUCGCCAUGGGGAUCAACAUGCCGGCCCGCACUGUGCUCUUCACCAGCGCACGCAAGUUCGACGGCAAAGACUUCCGCUGGAUCACGUCUGGGGAGUACAUCCAGAUGUCUGGGAGAGCAGGUAGGAGAGGCAUGGACGAGAGGGGCAUCGUCAUCUUCAUGGUGGAUGAGAAGAUGAACCCAGCCAAGGGCAAAGAACUGCUCAAGGGUGCAGCAGACCCUCUGAACAGUGCCUUCCAUCUCACCUACAACAUGGUCCUCAACCUGCUGAGGGUGGAGGAGAUCAACCCCGAGUACAUGCUGGAAAAGUCCUUCUACCAGUUCCAGCACUACCGCGCUGUGCCUGGGGUGGUAGAGAAAAUGAGUAGCCUGGAGGAGCAGUACAAUGCCAUCCAGAUCCCCAACGAGGAGAGUGUGGUGACCUACUAUAAGAUCCGCCAGCAGCUGGCCAAACUGGCCAAGGAGAUUGAAGAGUUUGUCCAUAAACCCAAAUACUGCCUGCCCUUCCUGCAGCCUGGUCGCCUGGUCAAGGUGAAGAAGGAUGAUGCAGACUUUGACUGGGGUGUGGUGGUCAACUUCUCCAAGAAGACCAACGUCAAGGUGGUCUCGCCAGAGCAGGACACUCUGUAUGUGGUGGAGGUUCUGGUCCACUGCAGCAAGGAGAGUGUGAAGAACGCCUCCACGGAGGCUGCCAAGCCCGCCGGGCCGGGGGAGAAGGGCGAGAUGCAGGUGGUGCCGGUGAUGCUCCACCUCCUCACAUCCAUCAGCUCCGUCCGUCUCUACAUCCCCAAAGACCUGCGUCCCCAUGACAACCGGCAGAGCAUGCUCCGGUCCAUACAGGAGGUACAGAAGCGUUUCCCUGACGGCGUGCCCCUGCUGGACCCGGUCGAUGACAUGGGCAUCAAGGACCCCGCCCUCAAGAAGGUCAUCCAGAAGGUGGAGGCCUUCGAACACAGGAUGUACUCCCACCCCCUCCACAGUGACCCCUCCCUGGAGGGGGUCUACUCCCUCUGUGAGAAGAAGGCUCUGAUUGCCGGGGACAUCAAGGGGGCCAAGCGGGACCUGAAGAAGGCCAGGACGGUGCUGCAGAUGGACGAGCUCAAGUGCCGGAAGCGCGUCCUCCGCCGCCUCGGCUUCGCCACGUCCUCUGAUGUCAUCGAGAUGAAGGGCCGCGUGGCGUGCGAGAUCAGCAGCGCUGAUGAGCUUCUCCUGACUGAGAUGGUGUUUAACGGCCUCUUCAACGACCUGACGGCUGAACAGGCCACCGCUCUGCUCAGCUGCUUUGUGUUCCAGGAGAACGCCCAAGAGAUGCCCAAACUGACAGAGCAGCUGGCCGGCCCGCUGAGACAGAUGCAGGAGUGUGCCAAGCGUAUAGCCAAGGUGUCUGCGGAGGCCAAGCUGGAUGUGGACGAGGACACGUACCUCAACCAGUUCCGCCCUCACCUGAUGGACGUGGUGUACACCUGGGCCAACGGCUCCAGCUUCGCCCAGAUCUGCAAGAUGACCGACGUCUUCGAAGGCAGUAUAAUCCGGUGUAUGCGUCGUCUGGAGGAGCUGCUGAGGCAAAUGUGUCAGGCUGCCAAGGCCAUCGGCAAUACAGAGCUGGAGAACAAGUUUUCUGAAGGUAUAACCAAGAUCAAGAGGGAUAUCGUAUUUGCUGCCAGCCUCUACUUGUGAUUGGAUUUCUCAUGCUGGCCUGCCUCUUUGAUGGACUCUGCAAGUCUGUGAUUUGUGUUGUUAAGGGAUACUCUUUAUUGGUUGGUUGAAUGUUCCUCUGGUCUCAGAAAAAAACAACCUGAACGACAUUUAUUUUCAGUUUUUAAUUUGUUUAUGUUCAAGAGCAUCAAUGGCUUUGUCCACUUUGUUCUUCGUCCAGAAAGCAUCAAACAUCAAACAUGUACAUAAUUUUAAAAUUUUAAUAAAAAAGUCUGUAUAGUGAUUUCUUUACCCAUGCAGAUGAAGUAAAGUAUAUCUGAGU